CCACAAACCCUGCGGAUCCGGAAGCGCGUCAAUUGCGAAACGGGCCGCCUUUCGGAGGAGGGGAAGGCGGGAUGGCGCUGCAGCUGCUGGGGCGGUUGUCCUUCUUGCCCUCGAGCCCAGCCGCCGGCGGGCAGCUGUUGCCCGUUUCUCCACUGAAUGCAGUGGCAGUGAGGUUUGCAUCCAAAAAGACUGGAGGCAGCUCCAAAAAUCUUGGUGGAAAAAGUCCUGGGAAACGCUAUGGCUUCAAAAAAAUGGAUGGACAGUUUGUUCAUGCAGGCAACAUACUAGCAACACAGCGAGUGAUUCGCUGGCACCCAGGGGCUCAUGUGGGGAUGGGCCGCAACAAGUGGCUGUAUGCACUUGAAGAUGGGAUUGUGCGAUACACCAAGGAAGUCUAUGUGCCACAUCCCCGUCGCCAGGAAAGCAAAGACAUUAUCGUCCAGUUACCUAGAGGAGCUGUACUGUAUAAAACAUUCAUCAAUGUAGUCCCCACAGUUGAGGUGGGGAGCUUUAAGUUGGUCAACAUGCUGUAAGACUGUCCAGAAGAUACCAGCCAAGAACUUGCUCAGAGGAAUCUGACCCCCAGCACCCAUCAGUUCUGUCCUUCUGAGUGACUUGGUUGUUACCUACUGUAACUUGAGCCAUAGCUGAAGUAGUCUCGGCAUCUUUACCAGACUGUCAAGAGAGAUUUCUGCAUUGUAAAGGAUGUAUAUUUAUAUAUCUGACAACCCCAAUGAAAUAAAUGUUUUCUAAAAUACAA